CAGGGCCUAUAAUCUCUUAUGUAAAUUUUGUAGACAGCGUUUGUGGCGUCCUCGCUGUACCACCCUAGGCCAAAUGGAACUAUUAAGCAAUAUCUGUCGGUAAAAUGGUUGAUAAAUCUCGCAUGGUACAUACUGGUUCAUGCUUUGUUUUCGUUACAUGUGCAACCAUGUGCAACGCAGAACGUGCGCAGAUCUAUAUUUCAAUAUAUUUCAAAAGUAUUCAGCAGUGUUCAGCAGUGUUCAGCAGUGUUCAGCAGUGUUCAACAGUGUUCAGAUUUUGUCCGGAAAGAAGAGAAAGAAGUAGUUUAGAGGCCUACCCGUACAACCUAUUGAUAAGAAAUAUGAGAAAUUGUUGCGUCUCUGGAUGUUCUUCGGGCUACAAAGCUCCUCGUCAUGAGUUUCCAAAGAAUGCCGAACGGCGAAAAAAAUGAUUCUGCAUAUGGAACCAUUAGAAAACGAAAAAGAAAUAAAAAAGUUGAGAGUAUGCUAUAGACAUUUUUGUGACAACGAUUAUAGCGGAUCUGGAACAAAAAGGAUAUUAUUACAUUUUGCUGUCCCAUCUGUAAAUAUUCCAUUUGUAAAUGUGCCGCAACAUAUAGCAGAAUCAGUUGAAAAUGUAGAUUACAGUGAACAUGUAGCACAACAUCAACAACAAGAACAAGAAGUAUUAAACGAACAAAGUACAAUUUCACAAGAAAAACAUGAAGAAUUGGUUACAAAUAGCGAGACACAAUUACAACACAUGCAAGAAAUAUUAAUACAGCAACAAGCAAUAUUAACACAGCAACAAGAAACAUUAACGCAGCAACAAGAAAAAAUUUUUAAUAUUGAAGAAACAUUGAAAGUUCAAGCUAAAGAUCGACCCAAUCUUGAAGAAGUUACUCGAAAAAUCUUAUUAAGUCCUAAAGCUAGGAAGUUAUAUGAUAGAAUUGUUAAAAUGAAAAAAAUUAAAAGACAGCAAAAGAGACGUUUUAAGACUACAAAACAAAACAAGUCACAAAUAAUACAACUAAGUACAAGUAAUUAUAAAGGGAAUGUUGAUGCAACAACACAUGUGCGGCAGAAUUUUGUAAAUAUGAUUGUCAGAAAUAAUCAUGUAGCACAACAGGUACAUCAUUCCUAA